AUUUUCGAAAUAAAUCGUAAAUCAUAAAAGAUCGUGAUAUAUCUUCAUCAUUACUCGUAUAGGUCUAUUGUUAUUUUACAAUAACGAUUCUUUAAAUACGUUACAUUUGUCACUCCGUAUACGAGAAAAAUUUGAUUAAUGAGUACGGGUCUUACUUUACUUGUUAUUGUACACACUCGAAAAUACAUAUAAAAGCGAGUUAUUUUUUCCUAAAUACAAUUUCGCGUAUUCGAGAACAAAUUAUCCAGUAUAUUCUGUCCAUGUAUUAUUUUGUAAAAAUGAAAUUUAAUACAACCGUAAUGUGUCAAACGAUAGUGUUUACAAUAUUAUUAUCAUAUUCGGUCGGUGGGUGUGUAGCCGAUGGUGUUGAACAUAUUGAUAAUACGUGGUACAAAGAAGAAAAUGAUGCGGUUAUAAGUUUGGCAAAUAUCGCGAAUUCUAUCAUAACUUGGAAAACUUUGAUUUCACCCCAGUAUCUAACUCUGGUUUUGCCUCAAGAUCUGACCCAAGUUCCAUCCAAGGAUCCAAUCCAGGUUCCGUCCGAUAGUGACAAUAAAACUCCAGGACAAUCAGUGGAUACAUCCCAAGUUUUAUCUCAAAAGGCGACCCAGGAGAAGGAACCUGAUUCGGCCGGUGAUAGAGUCAUUUCAAUUCAAGGGCAAUCCGUAAUCGACGAAGGAACAAUAGGUAUUACAGAUAACCUGAAAACAUUAAACGAUAUAAUGUAUGAUCUUCAAUGUACGUACGCUUACUUCGCCAAAUUAUACGUGGAGUUUAUACUGCAAAACGUGAUGGUAGAUAAAAUUGAAACUCUAAAGCCGUUGUUGCAUUUAAAAAGUGCGUUAAUAGCAACAUCGACAAAAGCAAAAUACACCUUCAUUAACUUUGGCUUCCACCCUCCGGACUGGUUAACGGCGUUUCUCACGUAUUUACGAGGACAAGAUGAGACGCCCAUAUUCACUAUCGGGCUGGAAGGCAUUGCAAACGUUUUAAUAGAGGCCACGAAUGAGAGCCAGUGUAAUUACACCGAAGUGUAUAACACUUUGUUAUAUCUUCCUGAUUACAUGCAUUGGGUGCUAUGGGAAAGCUGUUCGGAAUACAUUGAUAUUUUGACGGAAUUAAAACACGAAGAUGGGUUGGCGUUAUCGUUGUAUUGGUUGGGUAUGAAUUUCUUGUUGCAUCGAAACCGAUCCGUGCUGUCAUAUGAAAAUACGCCGGCCACUUCCUGGUUUCUAUACUCCUACAGUCUAAUAUCCAUAGAAAAACCAUACAGUGUCACGGAUAUUAAUGAUAAUCACACAUUUUACGCUGCAGAAUUGAGAGAAAUCGACAAGUAUUUGACUCGGGGUUACCAGAUGCUGGAAUUAUCUAUUUGGAACAGUCCCAUAACCCCGGACGUUCUUGAGUAUGUAACUGAAAAACCCCCCAAGGUGUUCGACGUGGAAUAUUAUCGGAGCAGGUACAUCGUAUUCAAAAAUGUACUAAGAGAAAUAUUGUACGCUGUACAUUGCGUGUACGCUCAUUACGCAGCGAUACAUAUAAGGGAAACGUUUGACAUAUUCUUUAAGCUUAAUCCGGAUGUACGCGAGAAAAAUCGAAAAGAAAACGUGGCGUUGGCGUUGAAGUAUUUAGAAAUAGCACAUAUGCAGUUGGCCACGUACUACAACGAAAAUCGCCACCCUCCCAAAUGGUUGAUGUUCUUGGUCUUUUAUUUGAACAAACUGUCGGUUUUGUACCAAGAUCCAUCCAGUUUCGCAGUCGAAACUAAGGAGGUACAACGCUACAUAGACGAAAUUUGUAUGUAUUGUGGUAACAUAGCGUUUCCUAAGACAUUUUACGUACCUCUGCGAGAAAUCCAAGAGAAUUAUACGCAAGGACAAACUAAAUUGUUCAUUCGUUUGCAACAAGAAAUGAUCGCAAUACAAUUGACUGACCCCGAACGCGGUCGUUACGUAUCGGGCACGUAUCAGAAUUUAAUUCAGAUUGCGUAUUUCCUAUACACAAAUUCAGCCAAUCUGCAGCAUUCGAAUUACCAAGAAUUUCAUGUGUCCAAAUGGUUAAUAUUCGAACGUAUGGAGAUUACUACUGACCUAUUAAAUACGCUACGAUGGGAUGUGUUGGAACUGGAUAGAGAAAAUUCGGCUUGGGACCAGUCGGUGACGACUUUGAUGGAAAACAUACAAAAAUAUAACAUAGAAUCUCAAAAUGGCGGGAUGAUAAGAUUAAUAAACUCGAAAAAAAUUAACCACGCAUUCAGUGCUUUCAUAAUGGCGGCCGUCAUUAGACUCUCAACGUCGUUCUUGAUCCGUUGCAAAAAUAUUAGAUCUUCGAAUGUCUACAGAAAUAGCGAACACGGAGACAGUUUUGUUGAUCACUGCACCGGAAUAGCCGCGCCGGUAACGCGAAUAUGCAACAUGACGGCAUUAAACGACUAUGAUCAUUUUUUCGUAAAGUUGUCGGCGGAAUUGGAGGAUUACGAAAAUCAGGUACGCGAUGAAGAAAAGGACCACCAAUUAAACACCAAAAAAAUCGAUAAAUUGAUUUUAAAAAAUAUUGUUAAAUUACAGCCAAUUUCGAUUAAUUGGAAACUAAAAGCUAAUAAUCUUAUACAGUCGAUUUCGAUCCAAGAAUUGACUUUAUGGAAACCGGUAAAGGACAUAAAACAAGCGAUUGAAAAUUUUGAAACGAAUUAUAAGGAAAAAUUCAAAACAAUGGUCGAUUACAUUCGUAUUCACAAUGCAUUAGUCAACGCUGUCGACGUCGAUUGGCCGUACUCCAUGCAAGAAUUUAAUUUUAAAAUCGUAUAAAACGUCUCGGCAGAUAUAGAAAUAAAAUUAUAGUAAUUAUAGUUUACAUUGAUUAAUAUUAAACGAAAUGUUUUAUUAUAGUUCCUCAUUCAAUAAGUUUUUAAACAACGUAGACUCACCCUUAG